AGCCUGGUUGUUACCUAUGAAUUAUGUUACCAAGGUAUGGUAUGUACGGUAGAUUUGAAAUCUGCAUGGUAGAUUAAUGAUCAUAUUCAAGCCCUUAAAGCCUACCGUAGAGGGCGGUUAAUCACUCGACGUGCAUGGUCAGCCCAAUUCAUCACGGAACCCAGUUCUCGAGCCCUCUAUCUCAGCCUCAACCGCAGCCUUGUCACUCGAGACGAGGUGCCUCGAGUUGAUGUCCACACCAGUCAAUGCGGACCUCCUUCAUUUUCCAUCGCAGUGUAGCUCAGCAGUGUGAUAGAGAUAUAUUAUGCGUGCGGUAGGAGCCGAUUACCAGCGUUCAGCAAUCCUACCGAUUUGAACAGCCAAAGCAAUGGCGGACACACAACCCCUCAAGAUCCUGUCCCUAGACGGUGGAGGAGUUAGAGGCAUCGCUACCCUUUAUCUUCUUCGAAGCGUAAUGCAUCAAAUCGCUCUAUCGACCGACCAAAGACCCGAGUCACUCCGUCCGUGCGAUUACUUCGAUCUGAUAGCCGGUACGAGCACUGGUGGACUCAUUGGAAUCAUGCUGGGAAGGCUUCGAUACACCGUUGAACAGGCAAUUGAAAAGUAUAUCGCACUUUCUAAAGAUAUAUUCACCGCACACUCCUCCGAGGCUGAUGCCAAGUUUGAUUACCGUAUACUCGAAGAGCGGAUUAAACAGGUCGUUACUGAAGCCCCUUGUCCGCGUCCUGAUACCCUUACCAUCGAUGAACCGCUCAAAGACGAGACAAUCGAACUACCGCACAAUCAGCGCAGAUCAAAUGUAGAACCAAAGGGCGGUUGUCGGACCUUCGUGGUCUGUACGAUUUCUAGAGGUUCGGGGGCCCGACCAGAGAUAUUGCGCUCUUACAAAACGUCAUAUGAAUUUCCAUUCUCGGGCAAGAUAUGGGAAGCUGCUAGGGCAACAUCCGCCGCGCCAAGUUUCUUUGCCCCCAUCACCGUGGAUCAUGUCACCUAUGGAGAUGGAGCAACUGGUUGGAAUAACCCCACUACACUGGUCAUAAGUGAAGUGCGACAGAUAUGGCCAGAUCGUCCUAUAGGCUGUUUGGUCAGUCUAGGUACUGGCGAAGAAGAUCCUAACCAGCUUGUUACAGCGGAGAGCCUGCCAAAAAAAGGAUUGCGGAAGAAAUUAUUCAGCUCGUCAAUGCCGAAGAGUAGUUUCAGGCUCGAAGUGGCGAAGUACUGUGCUAGAUGCUUGACGAGCUGCACUAGGACACACGAAAAUGUUCUGAACAACUUGGAACGCGAUGAUCUUGUCGACAGCUAUUUUCGAUUGAACACACCCGGUAUUGGUAAGAUUGGAUUAGAAGAGUGGAGACACAUAGAUGAUAUGAUCGGUCUAACCGUAGAUUACCUCAAUGCUCCGGACAUGAAGCGGAUGAAAGCCACCAUCGCUUCUAAAAUUAUAUCUUACCAUAGCCUAUCGGUGUUUACUGAUACACCCGUUCCACCCGAGCUGGGAAAUAUGGAUGGCCCUGAACAAUUGCCAACCCGGCUCUUGGUAGGAAUUGGACAACGGGAGCCUUCCGAAGAUAAUAGAUUCCCGGGUUCAGCCUCGGCAGGUAACGAAUUUCUUAGUCAUAGCAAUUAGUAAAGAAGCUGAGUUGAAUCAUUCAGAUUUGAGUCCAAGGUCAGAUUCGCAUUUGAGGCCUGUUGCAUACUUGCUCAGUUUCG